CCCCUCUCUCCACCACUCACUCCACAAUCGCUUCAGGCGCCCUCGCUCUUACCUCUACUGCUUUUCACCCCGCACGCUUGGGCUGGAAACAAUGUUGAGGACGGCUUCCCUGCAGAUGAGAGCCGGCGCUCUGGCGGCUAGAACCACUACCGCCUCCGCCGGUGCUUCCUCGCGCUUUGCCCCCCGUCUGCCCAUGACCUCUGCUGCCGCUCGUCACUACAAGACGUCGUCGCAGCAGAAACAGGCAACACCCGUGUCGUCGAAGCCUCAGGCUCCAUCGGGACAUGACUCGUUUAACACUACUACCAAUGCCUACUAUGUUGAGGAGAUGCAGCGACGAUGGCGUCAAGACCCAUCCUCGGUCCAUGCCAGCUGGGACGUCUACUUCUCCGGUCUGGACAAUGGAAUGUCUCCCGAACAAGCUUACCGUUCACCUCCUUCCCUCACCGGACUGCCCCUCGAUGCUGGACCAGUCGACUACGAGAGCUUGUCGAGUGGAGCACAGAAUGUUGAUGACCACUUGAAGCUACAGCUGCUGGUCAGGGCUUACCAGGUCCGUGGCCACUCCAUUGCCAAGCUUGACCCUCUGGGUAUCAUCGAUGCCGACCUCGACGGCACUGUGCCCACUGAGCUCUCUAUUGAGCACUAUGGCUGGACUGAAAAGGACCUGGAUCGUGAGAUGCAGCUGGGUGCUGGUCUCCUGCCCAACUUUGUCAAGGCCGGCGUGCAGAAGCUGACCAUCAGAGAGGUCAUUGAGGCGUGUAAGAGGGUCUACUGUGGCAGCAUUGGUGUACAGUACGUCCACAUCUCUGACCGAGACAAGUGUGACUGGUUGCGAGAGCGACUAGAGACUCCCGAGCCAUUCAAGUACUCUGUCGAGGAGAAGCGGACCAUCCUGGAUCGCCUGAUCUGGUCGGACUCGUUUGAGCGCUUCAUCGCCUCAAAGUACCCCAACGAGAAGCGAUUCGGUCUCGAGGGAGGAGAGUCGCUCAUCCCCGGUGUAAAGACCAUGAUUGACCGAUCCGUCGAGUAUGGAAUCGACUCGGUCACGAUCGGUAUGCCCCACCGUGGUCGUCUGAACGUCCUCGCGAACGUCAUUCGUCGACCCAUUGAGGGUAUUCUGCAUCAAUUCGCUGGAGAGGACACCGAGGGAGGUGGUGAUGUAAAGUACCAUUUGGGUGCCAACUACGUCCGCCCUACCCCCUCUGGAAAGAAGGUUGCCCUGUCGCUCGUUGCCAACCCCUCGCAUCUGGAGGCCGAGGACCCCGUCGUUCUGGGCAAGACCCGAGCUAUCCAGGACUUCAAGGGUGACAAGGAGCACCAGACUUCCAUGGCUUUGCUGAUGCACGGUGACGCCGCCUUUGCCGGUCAGGGUGUCGUGUACGAGACGAUGGGAAUGUACAAUCUGCCCAACUACGCCACGGGUGGUACCAUCCACAUCGUCGUCAACAACCAGAUUGGUUUCACCACCGACCCUCGAUUCUCUCGCUCUACGCCUUACCCCUCGGAUAUUGCCAAGUCGAUUGAUGCCCCCAUCUUCCACGUCAAUGGAGACGAUGCCGAGGCUGUGACCUUUGUUUGCCAGCUCGCUUCUGACUGGCGAGCCAAGUUCCAAAAGGACUGUGUCAUCGACUUGGUCUGCUACCGACGUCACGGACACAACGAGACCGACCAGCCCGCCUUCACGCAGCCACGAAUGUACGAGGCCAUUGCCAAGCAGGAGUCUACCCUCACUCAGUACACUCGUCAGCUCGUUGACGAGGGAUCGUUCUCCCAAAAGGACAUCGAUGAACACAUGAAGUGGGUGUGGGGAUUGCUCGAGGAGGCGGCAGAGAAGUCAAAGGGGUACUCUCCAGGAGAGCGAGAGUGGCUCUCGUCUGCUUGGGAAGGGUUCCCGUCGCCAAAGGAGCUGGCAGAGACGAUUCUCGACCACCACGACACUAGUGUGAGCAAGGAGACUCUGCAGCACAUUGGUAGUACCAUUGCCUCGGUGCCUGAGGGCUUCGAGGUGCACAAGAACCUGGGUCGUAUCUUGAAGAACCGAGGAAAGACUGUGACUGACGGAGAGGGUAUCGAUAUGCCCACUGCCGAGGCACUGGCUUUCGGAUCGCUUGCCAUGGAGGGCAACUACAUCCGUGUCUCGGGUCAGGACGUCGAGCGAGGUACCUUUUCGCAGCGCCACGCAGUCAUUCAUGACCAAAAGAAGGAGGCUACGUAUACUCCGCUGUCUAACCUGUCAAAGGACCAGGCACCCUUUGUCAUCUGCAACAGUUCCCUGUCCGAGUUUGGAUGUCUCGGCUUCGAGCUCGGUUUCUCCCUCGUGGACCCCAAGAAUCUGACAAUGUGGGAGGCUCAGUUUGGUGACUUUGCCAACAAUGCUCAGUGCAUCAUUGACCAAUUCAUUGCUUCUGGAGAGCGCAAGUGGCUACAGAGGACUGGUCUGGUUGUCAAUUUGCCCCACGGAUACGACGGUCAAGGACCCGAGCACUCUUCUGGUCGACCGGAGCGUUUCCUGCAGCUCAUGGACGACAACCCAUUCAUCUUCCCCGACGACAAUGCGAUGAACCGUCAACACCAGGACGGUAACAUGGCGGUGACGUGUCUGACGGAACCUGCCAACCUGUUCCACGUUCUGCGUCGACAGGUACACCGUGGGUUCCGUAAGCCCCUGAUCAACUUCUUCUCCAAGUCCCUCUUGCGUCACCCAAUGGCUCGCUCGAAGCUGGAAGACUUUAUGCCUGGCAGCGCCUUUAAGCGUUUCCUGCCAGAGAAGUUCCCCGAGGAGAUCAACUCGCCCGACAAGAUCAAGCGAGUCAUCUUUUGCUCUGGUCAAGUCUUUGUACCCUUGGUGGAGCACCGCAGGAAGAAUGAGAUCAAGGACGUGGCCAUUGUGCGUCUGGAGCAGCUGGCACCUUUCCCAUAUGAGGACGUAGUGGCGUGCUUGGACAGCUACCCGAAUGCUCAGAUCAGCUUCACGCAAGAGGAGCCCAUGAAUGGAGGAUUCUGGGAUUAUGUCAACCCAAGGAUGAGGACCGCCUGCAGACACACGCAGCACCACAAGAAUUCCCUCACCCUGCUUACUUCACGACCUCCUUAUUCGAGUGUGGCUACAGGAAGCAAAAAGGUACACUUGGCCGAGCUGCAGAAGUUGGUGGAUCAGAGCUUUGAUCUGAGUAGGGAGGCAUCGCACACCUGAGCGAGAGGAAACGGAAAUGGAGGGGAAAAGCGUGCCCCGUCUCGAUGUGUGCACAUGAAUCGGAUGAGAUGGAUCUUUCAAUUGCCAUUCGUGAUGCGAUGAUGCGUUUCGAU